AUGGAUGGAAUCUCUCAACAACAUGUCAAGGCGAACGCUGGAGUUGCCGUUCGAAAGCUUGCAACGGAUCGUGAGAUUAAAGUCUUGACUUCGAAAUUUCGACGUUUAUCACUUGGAUCUGAGGGAAGCACCGUCGUUCAAAGCAUUACAAGCAAAGUUCGAUCUGCUCGCCGAUUAGCUCGACAGUCAGUGGAUUCUUUCCCCAAAUGCCAUGUUGAGAAGAAUGAUCGAAAACGUAUCGAAGAAGCUUUGUUUCAAGCUCAUCUCACGUCAGACGAAUCGACGGCUCGAUCUAUUUCUGUCGCUGCGAAGGAAAUAGGAAAUGGACUACGUGCAAACUAUGGAAUACGCACACGUUCAAUGGCUGCCAACCCAUGCCAUCUAAGCGUCAAUGAAACUAACAAGAAGCUCGAAGAUCUCGUUGCACAAAUUGAUGAGAAUCGACUUGUUCAAUUUUCCUCUCGGGCUUGUUUGCCGCUAGAACUUGAAGAUGUUGGUGGAAACGAUUACGCUUUCGACAUUAUCAACUAUUUUCUUCACAACCAGAUGCCAUGCGAAAAUGUUUCUUCCCGCUUUCCUGAGAAUAAAGCACUAAUGGUUGACAAAAACAUUUCUGAAAUGUCAGAUGUGGAAAACCGCGUUGUUAUGGUGGCAGCGGUAAAAAUUGCUGGAAGAUUCGAACUAGGUCCUGAAUAUGAAAAUGAAAUGUGUAAUCGUCUUAAGUCGGUUGUUUGCAAUGAUAAACUACAGUGCCAAGAGGACAAAAUGAAUCAAUGGGAAUCCCAGCUUCUGAAAUUUUUUGACUUUGCCGUUUCACGCAAACAUUUGUUGCACUUUCUUCGUAUUUUUUGGUUAUUGAUCGGUGAUGUCAUGAGUGAAAUUGAGCGAGAAAAUGGUUGGGCGACGGUGAAGGGAUUGGCAUAUAUUGCAAUGGCCAAAGCACCUCUGAUGAAUAAUAAUCCUUCGCUUGUUGCUGCUGCCAUUAUGCGGAUAGCUCUUCACCUGUUUUAUAAUCGUCAUCAACUUCCGGAGAAUAAAUUUCUCCAAGUCGUCUCGAGCCUUCUACACGAAGAAAGCCAAUACGUGCCAAUCGCCACAAAAUUUUUAAAUUGGAUGUUGUCUUCUCCAACUUCAAAAUACAUUCCAACGAUCGCUCGUGUGUUUAAAGCGAAUCAAGAUCAUCCCAGUAAAGAAGAGCUGGAAAUUAUUGCCUCUGAACUAAAGAACUUUGACAAGUUUCGAAUGCUGGAUCAAGUCAUGGUUUGCGAUUGGUCU